GAAUGGUUAUUUUAAUGCGUAGAGGUUCCCUUUGGACAGCAAAUUAAGCUUCUGUAACCUUGUGCCGUAUGGAGGGUCCUUAGCUCUCUCUCUCUCUCUCUCUCUCUCUCUCUCUCUCUGACUCUCAGCUUCUUGUCAGCUAAAUCAAAGACCUCUUCUUCAAUUACAAAUUUGCUUGCUUUCUUUUCUGCUUUUCCAGUCGUUUCUCAUUUUCUUCAGCCACUGAUCCACCCAAUCUUUUCAGCUCUCUCUUCCUUUCUUCUGCCCUGGUUUUUGUAGCUCGGACUUUGAAGGGAAGGAACUGAAGGCUUCAAAUAUAAUUUGGAGGGUUGUUCAUUGUGAAUUGUGAUGUCACCACCGCUGCUUGGUGUUGGGGAGGAGGAGGAGGGUCACAGUGAUGUUACAUUAUUAUCUUCCUCGGUUUCUAUGGAGAGUGUAUGCCACAAUAGCUCGGAAUUGAAGGAGCGAAAUUACAUGGGAUUAUCCGAUUGCUCUUCGGUAGACAGUUCGAAAGUCUCUACUGUCUCUGGUGGAAGUAAAAAUAGUCUGAAUCUGAAGGCUACAGACCUUAGACUUGGGCUUCCUGGAUCCCAGUCUCCUGAGAGAGACUCAGAACUGAGGCUAAUCUCCACUCAACUUGAUGAGAAACCCCUAUUCCCGUUGCAUCCUAUAAAGGAUGGCAACUACUCUUCAUUGCAGAAAACAGUCGUUUCAGGCAACAAGAGAGGUUUCUCUGAUGCUAUGGAUGGGUUCUUGGAGGUAAAAACAACCUCUUUGUAUGAAAGAGAAUUGGAUCUGUUUAUUUAUUUUAGGAUCACGUCAGGCUUUACAACGGCCAUAUUUGUGAUGCAGGGGAAAUAUGCUAAUUCAGAGGUAAACUUGUUGCUGUCACCCAGGACUUCUCCAAACUUGGGAUUGAAAACUGGUUCUGGACUUGAGAACCUUGCGACUCAACCAGCCAAAACAAAAGAGGUUGCAUCAGCAAAGAUAGUACAAGAGAGGCCCCAUGCUGUCAAUGAAACCAGACCGAAUCAUAAUGGAUCUGGAAAUAGUACUAGCAGUGCACCUGCUACCAAGGCACAGGUUGUGGGUUGGCCACCUAUAAGAUCAUUUAGGAGGCAAACUCUGGCCACUACAUCAAAGAACACUGAGGAAGUAGAGGGAAAAUCAGGGCCUGGUGCUUUGUUUGUCAAGGUCAGCUUGGAUGGUGCUCCUUAUUUGAGGAAAGUAGAUUUGAAAAAUUACUCUGCAUACCAGGAACUUUCUUCUGCUCUGGAAAAGAUGUUCAGUUGUUUUACCAUAGGUCAAUAUGGAUCUCAUGGAGCUCCGGGCAGAGAGAUUAGCGAAAGCAAGCUGAAAGAUUUGCUUCAUGGCUCAGAAUAUGUUCUAACUUACGAGGACAAAGAUGGUGACUGGAUGCUUGUGGGUGAUGUCCCUUGGAACAUGUUCAUUGAUACCUGCAAAAGGAUGAGAAUUAUGAAGAGCUCAGACGCCAUUGGCCUAGCUCCAAGGUCCAUGGAGAAGUGCAGGAACAGGAACUAGCCAGUAAAAUGCAUUGUGAUGCCGUCCAUCUAGCAGUCUAUGAAUUUGGAAUGAAGGCAAGGCCUACAACCGCAGCAACCAGAUAAUCUGGAGUGCAAGGAUUUGUUGAGUGGGGCUGGAUGUGACAUCACGGGUGGCUGCUUUACUAUAUUAUUACUACAUCUGUGUUUUUUUUUGGUUUGCCAUGGAUUCAUGUUUUUGUGAUUUCUAUUUCUAACUUGUCGACGUUCUUAACACUACUGAAACUCAAGACCUUUGUAUCUGGACGUAACCUCUGCAGUUCUAUGUGCACAGGUUCCUGUUCCCAUACAGGAUCCUUAAGUUUGUAAAGUGCCAAUUGUUUGUGAACCUCGUUAUGUAUGUGCGGGUGAUCUAGGAUCUCCAAGAGUCCCAAGUUAUCUGUCAUUCUGGCUGAUUUCUCAUUC